UGGCGCCUCCACCUCCGCCUCCUCCUUCUCCCUUGCCUCGUUUCACCUCCUCCUCCCUCCCCAACCUACAAGGGGAGGGCUCCUCUCCUCCUCCGCCCUUGAGGCCUUGACCCAACCCACCGCCGCGCGUCCCCGGCCAAAAUUACGCGCCGCAGAUGAUCUUCCCGGCCGCUGUCGCGGGCGACGUCCUCCAGGCGCUGCCGCCGAUCAGGACCACGCCGUCGCCGGCGCCCGAGCCCGCUCGCUCCUCUACCUCGGCCUCGCCGUCUACAACGCCAGACGCGGAGGCUCUGCCGCUGCCGCAGGUGGCGGAGGAGGAAGAGGGCCAGGAGCCCGCGACGCCCACUUCGGAGGAGAGCAGGCUCCGGCCGCCGGCCGAGUGCCCGCCGGCGCCGCGGAAGCCGGCGUGGGCGCCGCAGACUCCCGCCAAGCGGAAGUUCCCGUCGUCCUCGGCGCCGUCGGCGCCGCGGGCCUUCUUCCCCGUCGCGCGCGACCUCUCCGCCGUGUUCCGGUCCCUGCCGCCCAAGAAGCGGAUCCGGGCGGGCUGACCGGGACCGAUCGGCGCCGCAGCUCAAUUGGUCGUGAUUCACGCGCUCCAUGGUACCAUGGUCGAUUUACCGGUGGAUUCUUGGAGUUCUUGUCUUGCCUCUUAUUUCUCUUUUGCCUCUUUUUCUUUGGUUUCCACUGCCAUGGCAUGGUACAAAGCUCUCGUACAAAUAAUGUGUUGGUUUAUUUUUUUUCUCUUUUUAGGGGGGGGGGGGAGUAGAAAUUGUAGAAUUGGAAAAGGUUGUUAUUCAUAGGGAUGAUGAAUGGGAAAAGAAAAGUUUGUAAGAGAAUUCCCAGAGAUCUGUUAAUUAUUUAUUAAAUAUUGUAGCUCACAAUUAUCAA